AUGGAGGUGGGAUCCUGGAAAGGUUCUGGACUCCCCUCGCGACCCCCUCAGUUACCCUCUUUGGUCACUGGACCAUCCCUGGACACAGCUCGUGCUCAUAUGCUGGCCUUGGGGCCACAGCGGCUACUGGCCCAAGACGAGGAGGGAGACACGUUCCUGCACCUAUUCGCAGCUCGGGGGCUGCGUUGGGCAGCAUACGCUGCAGCUGAGGUGCUCCAAAAGUAUAGACAUCUGGACAUUCGUGAGCAUAAGGGCAAGACUCCUCUCCUGGUGGCUGCUGCUGCCAACCAGCCUCUGAUUGUGGAGGAUCUACUGAACCUGGGAGCGGAGCCUAAUGCUACUGACCAUCAGGGACGUUCUGUCUUGCAUGUGGCUGCUACCUAUGGCCUCCCAGGAGUCCUCUCGGCUGUGAUUAACUCAGGGGUUCGGGUUGACUUGGAAGCCAGAGACUUUGAGGGACUCACCCCCCUCCAUACAGCCAUCCUGGCUCUCAACGUUGCUAUGGUUUCACCUGACCCCUGUCCCCGGGUGCUGAGUAUUCAGGCCCGAGACCGGCUGUCUUGCGUCCAAAUGUUGCUGCAUAUGGGUGCUGACCACACCAGCCAGGAGAUCAAGAGCAACAAGACUGUUCUGCAUUUGGCUGUGCAGGCCGCCAACACCGUCCUAGUUCAGCUGCUGCUGGAGCUGCCACAGGGAGACCUGAGGGCCUUUGUCAACAUGAAGGCCCAUGGGAACACAGCCCUCCACAUGGCAGCUGCCCUGCCUCCUGGGCCACACCAGGAGGCCAUAGUGCGUCACCUGUUGGCAGCCGGGGCAGAUCCAGCACUCAGAAACCUGGAGAAUGAGCAGCCCAUCCACUUGUUGCGGCCUGGGCCGGGCCCUGAGGGGCUCCGGCAGCUGUUGAAGAGGAGCCGCGUGGCACCCCAAGGCCUGUCCUCUUAG